GCGCGCGCGCGCCGGGGAGGCGAGGGGGCGGGGGAGGAGGAGCGCGAGCACCGUGCCACGGCCACGCCGGCGGCGCGCGCAGAGCGGCGGUGGCUGCGGAGCCGGCGGGGAAAGCGGCGGCACCUCCGGCUCGUGCUCUCCCUCUGCCAACCGGCAGCUCGCGCGCUCGAGUUCGUAGAUGGGGCUCAGCGGCGCCCGCUGAGGAGGGAACGGAGAGCGGGAGCCGGUGCCAGCCGAAGGAUCUUCCACUUAAGAUGGGGAACUAGCUACAUGGAGGCAAUAUAGAGACCCAUGUUGUGUUGAAAUGUAAACAAUUCAGGCCAUGCAGCAGGUCCUGGAUAACCUUACUGAUCUGCCGACAUCGACAGGAGCUGAAGAAAUAGACCUGAUUUUUCUUAAAGGAAUUAUGGAAAAUCCUAUUGUAAGAUCACUUGCUAAGGCUCAUGAGCGACUAGAAGAUUCUAAACUUGAGGCUGUCAGUGACAACAACCUGGAGUUGGUGAAUGAAAUUCUUGAAGACAUCAGUCCCUUAGUAAAUAAAGAUGAAAAUAUUGCAGAAUUGGUUGGAAUACUGAAGGAGCCUCAUUUUCAGUCUCUCUUAGAAGCACAUGAUAUUGUGGCUUCAAAAUGUUACGAUUCCCCUCCUUCUAGUCCAGAAGUCAAUAAUUCUACAGUGAACAACCAGAUUGUUCCAGUAGACGCUAUUCGUAUACUUGGAAUUCACAAAAGAGCAGGAGAACCACUGGGUGUUACGUUUAGAGUUGAGAACAAUGAUCUGGUAAUAGCACGAAUUCUUCAUGGCGGAAUGAUAGAUCGACAAGGUCUUCUGCACGUAGGUGACAUUAUUAAAGAGGUGAAUGGCCAUGAGGUUGGAAACAAUCCAAAAGAACUGCAGGAACUGCUGAAAAAUAUUAGUGGCAGUGUCACUCUGAAGAUUCUCCCCAGCUACAGAGACACUGUUAUUCCGCAGCAGGUUUUUGUGAAGUGUCAUUUUGAUUAUAAUCCAUAUAAUGACAACCUCAUCCCAUGCAAAGAAGCAGGUUUGAAAUUUUCUAAAGGAGAAAUUCUUCAGAUUGUAAACCGGGAAGAUCCAAAUUGGUGGCAGGCGAGUCAUGUCAAAGAAGGGGGAAGUGCAGGGCUUAUUCCAAGCCAGUUCCUGGAAGAGAAGAGAAAGGCCUUUGUUAGGAGGGACUGGGACAACUCAGGUCCUUUCUGUGGAACAAUAAGCAGCAAAAAAAAGAAAAAGAUGAUGUAUCUCACUACAAGAAAUGCAGAAUUUGAUCGUCAUGAAAUCCAGAUCUAUGAGGAAGUAGCCAAAAUGCCUCCUUUUCAGAGGAAAACACUGGUCUUAAUUGGGGCCCAAGGAGUGGGGCGAAGAAGUUUGAAAAACAGGUUUAUAGUACUGAAUCCUACUAGAUUUGGAACUACAGUGCCAUUUACUUCACGAAAACCAAGGGAUGAUGAAAAGGAUGGGCAAGCAUACAGAUUUGUGUCACGAGCUGAAAUGGAGAUGGAUAUUAAAGCCGGCAGAUACUUAGAACAUGGAGAAUAUGAAGGAAAUCUUUAUGGCACCAAAAUUGAUUCCAUCCUAGAAGUUGUUCAGACAGGAAGGACCUGCAUCUUGGACGUGAAUCCACAGGCCCUGAAAAUAUUGAGGACUUCAGAAUUCAUGCCCUAUGUAGUGUUUAUUGCUGCUCCAGAGUUGGAGACUUUGCGUGCCAUGCACAAGGCUGUGGUAGAUGCUGGAAUUACAACCAAACUUCUCACUGAUACUGAUUUGAAAAAAACAGUGGAUGAAAGUGCUCGGAUCCAGAGAGCGUACAACCACUAUUUUGAUCUGACCAUUGUAAACGACAACCUAGACAAGGCCUUCGAGAAGCUACAGACUGCGAUCGAGAGGCUGAGGCUGGAGCCACAGUGGGUCCCAAUUAGCUGGGUGUACUGAGAGUCCACAAGAGGAGCUGAAGUAACAAAUAAAAUCAACAGCAGCAAAUACACUAAUGUGACGUUAUGUAGAUACUGACGAUAACCUACGGCACCUGUGCAUUUUUACUCUGUAUAUUCAAAAGUACACUAUUCUGAAUUUUUAUAAAAAUGUUGAAGGGAAAGUGUACUUAAAUAUGUAAUUUAUUUUAAUUUUUCUAACUUUUUACAGAUAACCUUUCUAUUCAUAUCACACGAAGGAAAUGCGUUUAAGCAUUUUUAUAUGUUUUGAUUUAGUACCUUUGCCUUUUUCAUCUAAGAAACUUGCAGUCAUUCACUUCAGCAUUUACAUCUUAGUCUUACAUUUUCACUGUGAUUAAAAAAAGGAUACUUGAAACAAUUUUGUAAAACUUGUUAAUGUCAGUGUUUGACUGGUAAAAAGUCUAUAGCUCUUAUUAGGAAAGAACACUAAUUUUUUUUUUAUUUUUUUUUUCUUCCUUAACAAAAGAAUAAUUUCAUGGGAGCAGAAUUUUAAGUAUUAAAAGCAGCAGCCAAACACACAGCUCUAUUGCUUUAGCUUCUUUCGGCUUAAUGUUGGUGCAUUCUCCAUGUUUCACAAAUUCUUGAUGUCUCUUUGAUUUAGACAACUGUUGUGUAGGUUCCCUUAGAAGUGUCUCUUAAAAUAACAUAAAGCAAUACCUUGCAAGCUGCUUAUUAGGCUGUUCUUGGAGCCAACCUGUUAGCUCCUUAUGGUUGAAGUACUGAUGUUAGAAAGCUUGUACCAACGUAAUUCAGUGCAAUUUGAAGAACGGUGAAGUAGCCUGAGAGAGAACCUGAUAAUGUGGAGCCUUGUUGAGUGACGCUUAAUGUUUAGGAGUAUUUAUUCACACUUGUGAAAACACAUUGCUUAUAAAAAAAAAAGAGAAAGGGCAUUUUCUUUUCUUAGGUUCUUAGGUCAUUGUUUGAUAUUUGUGUAGUGAUCUGUGGCUUGAUUUCCUGUGAGAUCUAGCUGGGUUCUAUAUUCUUGAAUAUUUGUGUGUGAUUAACUGCUGUAUUUCUGUAUUUUUCUCAGUGUGAUGUAAUGGAAUUUCUGUGCUUUUGUUACAUUGUUUUUAAUUGUGCUUUCCAUUACAUAGCAGUGAAUUGGAAGCUUACUGCUAAAAAGCAAUAUUAUUUAUACCCUUUUGUUUUACAAUGUAUUUCCUUUUGUUCAGUAACAGUUUUCCCCUCAGUAGGCUCAUUGAUAUAAUUCCUAUUAGCUUCAAAUUCAUUAAUCAAAACUUACACUGAUGUAAAUGUGUGCUUAAGGAGAACAAAAUGAAAAUACAGCUUGUCACUAAGACAAGCUCUUGUGACCAUAUUUUACAUUGCAAUGUCAAGCUGUUGUAUAUAGUAACGUUCGCCAUCACUGACCAGGUUAGGUGUCUAAACUGAAGUCAUCUAUUUGUUUAAAUUCUUCCAUCUGGUGACAGGCACCUGGCUUCUGCAUUCUUUUUCAACAUGAAAGUGCGGCACGGGAUGCUGUCGAAAGGCAACUUCCCCAGAACUAUGUCUGAAGGAGAAGAGGCUUAGACACUGUAAAACAGUAUCGCUUCCUGAGGCUCUUAAAGACUUUUAUGUGCACAAGGAAAAGAAAAAUGGAGCUGAUGCAGUAUAGGAAAAGUGUAAGUCACAAAAAACCCUAAAAACGUCAGUGUACUACAGAUCAUUUUUACAAAGCCUGUGAAGCUGGUUGUUGUGUGGGAAAAGGGGUGGGGGGGCUUGAGAUUGCAGUGUAUGUGGAAAAUGUCAGAACUGUGUACAGCACAGCUAGCCCUUGUGGCUCUUAAUACUGAGACUUCAGUCUUUUAGAGGGAACAUGAACUUCUUUAAGGGAAAUUUGUACCACUACUUUGUUUAAUUGUUAUACUUUUCAGGAUGUAUUUAUUUUCUCUGCUUUUGUUUGAAGUUUGGCAGAGCUUUUAAGUGUGGCACCAGCAUGAGGCUUCUCUUUUCCUUUCCCAGGAGACAUGUUCUGUGAUCCUGUUGCUCAGAGGCUGCUUUAAGAAAUGGAUGGAGGGUUGUAUUUAGCAGCAGUGAUAGCAGAGCCACUGCUUGGCUGUUUAUUGGUUUGCUAUUGGCACUGUAUGCUGAACGUGACUAAACUGUGUUUGUGUACUGUGUAACAGGACACCUACAUAUGCUGUAAAUAAGAUGUGCUAUCUAGACAGAUGCAAUGCCUUUUCAUUAUGAGUUAGAAAAUACUCUAUUUGUGAUGCCAAAAGUGGGCUGAGCUCACUCUUCCCUAGUGAAUGGAAUGAGAAGAUCCUUCAGUUUCCACACCGUAGUACUUUAUAUUGCAAAUAUCACUUUCAUCUUUUUUUUUCCCAUAAAUUUAUUUAACCAAGUGAAACACAGAACAUGGGCACCAAGGUUUAGUGGGGAAAACCUCUCUGCUCCUUCUGUUUCCAUCCCAGAGAGAAUACUAAUCCUGUCAAAAGAGCCUCCCUAGUCAGCAAUCUCUGAAUAGCCAUGUACUUGCUAAAGCCUAAAGCUAAAGUGUUCACUACAGGUUUAUGUAGUGGUUUUAAAUCAAGCAGUGAGCACGGUGGAGCCUCACGGCUGAUUGGUGGUGGUGGUGGUAAUGUAGAUGCCAGUGAGAAGUACAAUUCUGAAGCAAUAAGAGAAGAUGGCUUGCUUAGGUUGCAUGCAAAGAUCGUAUCCAAGUGUCUGCAGGUUUUAAUUGCAUGUCCAUAUGCAGGUUGCAAGGAAAAAAAAACACAAAAUCAAACCAAACCAACCACCACACUCCUUGCAUUUAUUCAUUAAAUCUUGAAAAUUGAGAGUUGAGAUUGGGAGUUGAGAUUGUAAUGUUGAAGUGGGGAGAGGGAGUGGUUUGGUUUUGGGGUGGAGGGUUUGGUUUUGUUUUGGUUUUUAGCAAAAGCUGAUUUUCAUUCUUUGUCACUCCCUGGUAGGAUGACUGGAAUGGGAAUGAGUUACUUUUUUCAAAAAAGAACAUUCUUGGAGGUUCUUAGAGUGCUGGUGCCACUUCAGUCAUGUACACAGUGGUGAUAGUCUCUACCUGCCAAGGUAGGGUAGAUCAGAUGUUAGAGAGACACCUGUAUAUCAUGCAGUUAGGGGACAAAGUCACGAUGGAAGACAAUUAUUUUUAAGCAAGUGAGAAUAUUUCAUAUAACUGCUGUUUGAAGUAUUAUGGGGGGGUUAAAAUAACUAGGAUUUCAUGUAUUUCAUUCUGUACUAAACAUUCAUUUUGCAGAUACUAACAGGAAAACUUAUUACGUUGACUGUUAAUGAUAACAAUAGGUGUGUCUGAGCGAGGUAAGAUGCUGCUAAAUGUUUAAGAUAUGUGGUAUGUAUCACAAGAUAAAUAUUUAAGUAGUUUAGAAAAGUAAAUUAUCAAAUAGUUGUCUGUGUAUAUGUAUGUAUGUGGAUGGUAAAACAAAAAAAUGCUCACGUCUGCUAUCACAUUACUAAGCUACCAUGACUUAAUCCCGAAAUGUACCUGCAUGUGAGACUUUAGAACUGGUACACUUCUCUACCUGGUUUAUUGUGUUUACUAAUGUAUAUUUUUCUAAAUAUACAGAUAUUUCAAUCUAAAAAUUCUAUAUUUAUCUGUAAUUUCUAGCUGUUUUGGACAGUGCAUGAGGUGCUGUAAAAUUCUGUACAUAUAGAGACUCACAGAAGAAACUGUAGUUGCUGUGUGAAUGAAAAGUUAUACAUAAAAGUAUGGUCAGUAUUCCAAGACCCAUAAAGUAUUUCCUCAAAUGCACCAAAAAUUCCCUUAAGUGUACACCAUUCUCAACUUUAAUGUAAAUACUUUGGUGCGUAUGUACCCAAUGAUUACUUUGCUGUUUCUAAAUGUUACGCUAGCAGGUCUGCUUUAGGUCCCACAUCAUGUGGCAAGAUGCACUCAAAGUUUAGUGGGAUAGUUACAAUGGGAGGUGUUAUCCCGCGUACAUUGAUAAAGGUCUUUCAAAAUAUUCUGGAAAUGUAACAUUGGAACAGAGAAACCAAUGUAGGCAAGGGAAAUUGAAUUUCUGACCAGUGCAGUACCCUGAACUUGUGCUGCAUUCUCAGAUGAGUGCAGCUCUGCGUAUUUAGCUGCACAAAGCUCUGUGGAGCAGGAUGGCAGGUCAGCUCAUCACUUUUGAAUUUGUGUUUAUAGCUGCCACAUCUUGGAUAGGCUCAGAACAUGGCACUUUCUUCCCCAGUCUUCUCUACAAUUCUAACUCACUGCAUCUUCUAAAAUCAUACCUGGAUGACUUGCUGUACAAAGUGCCUGCAGCUCAGUGUUCAGGCACUCAUCUGGUUUUUGUUUGUUUUGAAGAGGGUGAUUCAGGUAAGGAAUAGGAAAUUUUUAUUUUUGAAACACACAAAAUUCCUGGCUACAGGCACCCUUUGGAGCCAAGCUUUUCCUAAGUAAGGACCAGUGGAGAACAACCAAGCAGAAAGCAGGAGAUGUGGGUUAUUACCUCUCGUUACACAAACUAUUAUUGUGAACACAAAUUCAGACUUUCUUCACCCAUUCCUUCGUUUCCCAUCCGGGCUUCAUUGAUCCUGCUUCUUCGUUCUGCUGGAACGCUGAGGCAGAUGCUGUUUCUCACCACAUCUGCAGUGUCUGCUGCAGUAGAUCCCCGUCACUCACUGUGCCUGUAGGUACAGCUUUAAAACCAACCACAGGUGGAGGCUGUGGCAUCUGUCACGCAGCUGGGUAUGGACUGCUUGCUUAUCUAGGGUUUCCUGCCUCACCCCAGUUCUGAAGAGUUGAAGCACCAAAUUGUUUUUGCCAAACUUCAUGAUACUUUUGCAAAUGUGUUGAGAUCGAUUUAUUGAUGUCUAGGUAGUUCUUAUUGGAUACAAAUGUGUAGUUUGCUACACCUCUUGCCUUAAAUACCCCUCCAGCUGUCCCUCCCCACACCAAACCCCGCCAGGGCCAUUGAGGGGGUUGCUGUGGGUGAAGGUACUUUCAUUGGCUUGUGAUGGGAACUUGGGAACUGCCAAUACUAAAGGUGGUGAAGUCCUGGCCCAGUUGUUGGUUUGGUUUUUGGGUUUUUUUUUUUCUGGGUUUCUUUUUUUGUCUUACCCUUCUUUGUUUUCAUGUGUUUUUAAAUCUCCACUUAUGUCUUGUAGAGGAAAUAGUGGUCAAUAUAAACAUCACUAUUUAAGAAUGGUAUAACUUAUUGUUUUCAGACCCAAGGAAAUAAGGAAAACAUAUGUAAAAUAACCAAGUUUUGAGAGGCAGCUUUGGAUUACAAACAGAUUAAAAGUGUGCUCAUGUGCUUGCACACACACACAUCUAUAAAAAAUAAAACUUGGGGGUAAGUACCAACAGGGGGAUUGGACUAGAAUAUCUUUCAAGGUCCCUUCCAGUCUCUAACAUUCUGUGAUUCUGUGAAGUAAUUCAGACUCUAUCCGCUAAUUUACCUGAAUUCUUCCUAGUGGGAGACUGGUACACGAACUGUCACAUUAAACUGUGGAAUUCCCAGUUCCUUUGCUGGUACUGCAGCUGGAAUUUACCUGUACAGGCUUAAAACAAACUCUAGUUUGGUGAAGGCUGUUAAGCAGCUUCCAGACAGGAUUUUGUUUUCAGCAGGUUCUCAGUGAUAUUUAUAUCUUAUAGAAUAAGUUAAACUUGGAGUAAAUGUGAAUUUUGUUCUGUGUUUUGAGCCCUUUCUCAUGCUAGUUGGGAAUGGAGUUCCCAUUGCUGCCAAGGCACUGGUUGGAGGUGGAACUUACUGACCAGCCUGCAGGGCUGACACAGUUACAGUGGUCCUGGAAACACUUUCUCCCAUUUAUCCUUUUCAUUCUCCUGUAUUGGACCUCUUAUAUGAUCCACACCAUAGAGCAAUACGAGUGACACUGUUUUGUAUGGUUCUGGAGGUGGCAGCAGAAUCAUUGGCUGCCAGGAAAAUAUUUUUUGACUGAUUUUUUUGUUGGUUUAGAUCUUGUACACAAUUAUAGAUGGAAAUAACUGAAAUGUAUUCUAUUUUUCCCCCUUUGAAAUGCAUGUUGAGCAUUCCUUCCUGCAGUCCCCCACCAUACACUGCUGGUGUGUAGGAGCUGUGUCCCGUGCUGUAACAAGGGUGGCUGCUUCCUUAGCUUUUAAAGUAAAAUCAAGUUUGCCGCUCUCCCACCCCACACCGGGCCAAGAACUGUAACAUCUUGGUUAAGUGUUUGGAUUUAAAUGUGCAUUAAAAGUCUGUCACCAUGUAUUUCCUUACCUUGCUUGUUCUCACAACUGGUUUUGCCUAUUGGAAUCUCUCAUGGGUUUUUUGGUUUUGUUUUUGUUUUUUCUUCCACAGCAUAGUAAAUUAAACUGGAUUUGCCAUUUGUAAAACUUUUAAAACUGCUCUCCUGUAAAGAAAAUACUGUUUCUUUAGCUGAAAACAUCCUAUAAAAAAAAAAAAUCUUAACUAUUAGCUAAACUUUCUAAUGUAAACCUCAAGAUGAUUUAGUACCUAACUAUUGUUUGAAUACAACACUGUAGCGCAGGCCUAGGCCUCUGGACUUGUUAGCAUUAUGACUUCACACUGAUAAGGUCAGCUAAUACGUAGGACAUUUUUAAAUGGUGACUUGUUUUCUAAAACUCCCAUUGUCUUUUUCACAGCUAAUAUUUUCACAAUAAACACAGCCAAACAUAAACAUGUUAAUGUACAAAUUGUGAAAUCCUGUUAAUUCCCAACAAAAUAUUUUUGUAUAUAAUAAAGAUUUAAUAUUGAAAAAAUAUAA